AUGAGCUGCAAUAAGGCGAGACAGUUUUCGGGAUUUAAUGUUGAGCGAGCGAAGAGUGGCACUAAACUGACGGGAAAACUGCGAUCGGCGAUCGAGGCGAGCAUGGAGAUAAUCAAAAUAUUUACAUCACAUCUUAUGCAUGGAGAUAAUCAAAAUAUUUACAUCACAUCUUAUGUAUUACUGACUAAUAUCCAGACAAUUCCAUUACAUACACUUGCCCUCUACUGUCUCUAA